GGUCACACUACCCGGCUCGUUUGAACUGCACGUGUUGACUAUUUCGUUAGGUAGUGCAAACUGAGUUGAAAUUUACCCAUAAUGGCUGAGGAAGGACCACCAGAGCCGAGCAUUGACUUUGUCCCAGCUCUUUGCUUCGUACCACGCGGCGUGGCCAAGGAUCGCCCCGACAAGAUCGUGCUGACGCAGGCGGAGCUGGCCAGGAUUAUCGGUGAUACGCAGCAGGAAUUGGACGAGGAGAGCGCCGACGAGGAGGAGGAUGGCGAAAAUGACGCGGAGGACCAUAACGACAUGGAUGUGGACGACCACGAGGAUGCCAACAGUGAGAACCGCAAUCCGCAGGACGAGUUCCAAUUCCAGGAGUAUGACAACGAGGCGAAUGCCAAUGUCACCAGUCUGGCCAACAUCGUGGACGCUGGCGAGCAAAUCCCCGAUGAGGACGAAGACUCGGAGGCCGAGGACGAGGUGAUCAAGCCCAGCGACAACCUUAUUCUGGUGGGUCACGUGCAGGACGACGCCGCUUCCAUGGAGGUGUGGGUGUUCAACCAGGAGGAGGAGGCUCUCUACACCCAUCACGAUUUUCUGCUGCCCAGCUUUCCCUUGUGCAUUGAGUGGAUGAAUCACGACGCGGGCAGCGAAAAGGCGGGCAACAUGUGCGCCAUCGGCUGCAUGGAUCCGAUCAUCACCAUCUGGGAUUUGGACAUCCAGGACUCUAUCGAGCCCACCUUUAAGCUGGGUUCUAAGGGCAGCCGCAAGCAGAACAAGGAGCAGUUUGGACACAAGGAUGCCGUGCUGGAUCUCUCUUGGAACACCAACUUUGAGCAUAUUCUGGCCAGCGGCUCUGUGGACCAAACUGUAAUUCUGUGGGACAUGGACGAGGGCCAGCCUCAUACCACCAUUACUGCCUUUGGUGAAAAGGUUCAGUCGCUGGAAUUCCAUCCGACAGAGGCCCAAAGCAUCCUAACCGGCUGUGCCGAUGGAUUUGUGCGACUCUUCGAUUGCCGCGACUCUGAAGGCGUCAACUCGUCCAGCAUUCAGUGGAAAGUUGACGGUGAGGUGGAGAAGGUCCUGUGGCAUCCCACUCAGAACGACUACUUCAUCGUGGGCACCAACGAUGGCAGCUUGCACUACGCCGACAAACGUUCUCCUGGCCAGCUGCUGUGGUCCGUAAAGGCCCACAACGAAGAAAUCUCCGGUGUGUGUUUCAACAACCAGAUGCCCAAUCUGCUGACCUCCACCUCCACGGAAGGCACCCUGAAGGUGUGGAACUUUGAUGGCACAGAGGCAAAGCACGUCUACGAGCACGAGUUCAACAUGGGCCGCUUGCAGUGCAUGCGCCAGUGCCCCGAAGAUCCCUACACCCUGGCCUUUGGCGGGGAGAAGCCUCCGCGCUGCGCGAUCUUUAACAUCAAGAACUCGAUAGCCGUGCGCCGGACGUUUGGAAUCGCUGACGCGGAGUAGGUAAAUCGUCCAGAUACGUAUUUAUCUGUGUAUAUCUAUGCUUUAUAUGACUUUUAAAUAAAUAUGAAUUAAAUGUAAGGACCCUAA